AUGCCAAAUUCUGGACGUGUCGUUGUCUUGGAUGAAGAUCUCGUUAUGUGCCAAGCAUUUCAUCGUAUUAUAACCCAUGCAACACGUCAUGUACUACUGUCUGACGCACAGCAAGGCGGUCUUAUUACUGGUAUCCUGUCCGUGACCGAUUUUAUUCGUGUGCUUCUGAAGAUAUUUCGGGAGUCGAAAUUCGUUUCACAAGAUGAGGCCAAGGAACUUGGGUUGCUCACCAUUAGGAAAUAUCAAGAGCUUGUGAAGAAAGCAGGCAAAUGGCAAAAUCUUGUGUGGAUUAGUGCUGAACGCAGUCUUCUUGAAGUUGUUAGAUUGCUGUCUGCUCAUCGUGUUCACCGGAUACCCGUGCUUGAUCCUGACACAUUUGAUCCUGUCUAUAUUCUUACACACAAGCGUAUUUUGAAGUUUAUUUGGUGCUUUGUGUAUCCUGACACUCCUCUCCAUGAAUGUCUGGAUAUUCUCCUGAAUCUGGGUGUUUCUGGAGUACCUGUUGUGGAACAUGAAACGCAUAAAGUUCUCGAUGUUUAUUCUCGUUUUGAUGCCAUUGGAAUAGCUCUACAAAGCGAAGGGUUCAAUCUGGAAGUGAGCGUGAAGGAGGCUCUCCAGUUCAAACACAUUUGUAAU